AUGGCGGAGCGCUCGGAGCCUCCCGCGAAGCGGCCGUGCUGUCGGCCCUUCCCGGCGCCUCUCUCACCGCGCAGGACCGCGGCGUCGGGCGCCGGCCACAGUCCCGAGUCGCUGCUGGAUCUGAGCGCCAAGCGGGUGGCCGAGAAGUGGCCGUUCCAGCGCGUCGAGGAGCGUUUCACGCAUAUUCCUGAGCCCGUGCAGAGGCGGAUCGUGUUCUGGUCGUUUCCUCGCAGCGAACGCGAGGUGUGCAUGUACUCGUCGCUCGAGUGCUCGGCCGAGGACGGCGAGGGAAGCAAGCUGCCCUUCAAUCGCGGCGUGCGACUUCUUGAAGGCGGAUGCGUGGAUAACGUACUGCAAGUCGGCUUCCACCUGAGCGGCACGGUGACGGAACCGGCGUCGCAGUCGGAGCCGGAGCGCGUUUACAGCGUCGCCAUCAGCUUCGACCGCUGCAAGAUCACGUCGGUGUGCUGCGGCUGCGGCGAGCGCGACAUCGUCUACUGCGCCCACGUCGCCGCGCUCUCGCUCUACCGCAUCCGGCGCGCCGAGCGCGUCCGCCUGCGGCUGCCCAUCUCGGAGACGCUGUCGCAGCUGAGCCGCGACCAGCUCCAGAAGCUUUGCCAGUACCUGAUAGCGGCGCACCACACCGAGGUGCUGCCCACAGCACAGAGGCUCGCCGACGAGAUCCUCUCGGCAGACUCCGAGAUCAACCAGCUGCACGGCGCUCCGGACCCCACGGCGGGCGCGAGCUGUACGACUGUGAACUGCUGGCACCUGGACGAGGAGCAGGUGCAGGAGCAGGUGAAGCAGUUCCUGUCACAGGGCGGCUACUAUGGCUCCGGCAAGCAGCUCAACUCCAUGUUCGCCAAGGUGCGGGAGAUGCUGAAGAUGCGGGACUCGAACGGGGCGAGAAUGCUGACGCUCAUCACGGAGCAGUUCAUGGCCGACCCGCGCCUCGGGCUGUGGCGGCAGCAGGGGACGACCAUGACGGACAAGUGCCGGCAACUGUGGGACGAGCUCGGCGCCCUGUGGACGUGCGUGGUGCUGAACCCGCACUGCCGCCUGCAGGAGAAGUCCGGCUGGCUGCGGCUGCUGCGGCGCUGGCACGAGGUGGACGUGUGUCCCCUGGAGGACGGUAGCGGCGUCGGCGACCUGCCCAGCGUGUCGCCCUCGCACCACAGCCGAGACCCCUUGUCCAGGGGCCGGAGGACAGUGUUCUCGCGAGCGGUGGACGCGUGCGGCCUGCACUGGCAGGACGGCCACCUCCAGCGCAUCCUGGGCAACCCCGGCUACCACGGCAACUGUCGCCACGCCGACGACCCUCUCUUUGACCCCCGAGGGCGACCCCUGUGGAACGAGCACGUGCCCACGGCGUGUGCCCGCGUGGACGCGCUGCGCUCGCACGGCUACCCUAAGGAGGCGCUGCGUCUCGCCGUCGCCAUCGUCAGCACGCUGCGCUUGCAGCAGCAGCGCCAGCACAAGCUGUACAGGCGGCAGGAGAAAGAGAUCCUGCAGAAGGGCACUACGUCGGUGACGAGCGUGGAGGGGUGGGUGGGACACCCCCUUGAUCCCAUCGGCUGCCUCUUCACCACGCUCACCGAGGGAGCCGUUGGCUCGUCGCACAGCAGCGCGUCCAAGACGAGCGACCCCCUGGGUGGGGACCCCAAGGGGAUCGACGGCCUGCACGGCGGGGACCCCUCGGAGCCUGCGUGCCCCUGGGAGGGGGUGAGCGGAUUCUUCGGCCCCCCACCGCCCUCCUUCAGGGCCCGUCCCUGCCGCUGUCGGCCGCCGCGGCCGCGGGCUCGGACGCGUGGCCCUGGUGGGAGGGCGUGGGCGGCGUGUCGCCCGACUCGUGCCUCGCGCUGGCCGUCGAGGUCGCCCUGCUCGGCCUCGGCCAGCAGAGGACGAUGCCCGAGGGCCUCUACGCCCAGGAGAAGGUGGGGCGGCAGGAGGAGCAGUUGCUGGCUCGACUGGGCGACCUGCAGCUCACGCCGGCGCUCAUCGGCGUGCUGCGCCGCCAGGCCACGCUGCUGCUGCAGGGGGGCCCGUACAGCGGGCUGGGCUGAGGUGGUGCACCGCGAGAGCGUGCCCAUGCACACCUUCGCCAAGUUCCUCUUCACCGCGCUGCUGCCGCACGACUCGGAGCUCACCUACCGCGUCGCCCUGCGCGCCAUGCGGCUGCCGGUGCUGGAGUCGUCGGCGGGCCCCGGCGAGGCGUCUCACCCGUACCACAUCCCUUCGGUGGUGCCCAACCGCUACCCGCGCUGGUUCACGCUGGCGCACAUCGAGUCGCAGCAGUGCGAGCUCGCCUCCACCAUGCUCACCGCCGCCAAGGGGGACGUGAUUAGACUGCGGGCCGUGCUGGACUCCAUACAGAAGCACGUGCACUCGUCGUCCCACCUCUUCAAGCUGGCCCAGGACGCGUUCAAGAUCGGAACUCCGGCCGACGGGCUGCCCGACAUCACGCUGCUCAACGUGGCACUCGAACUGGGCCUACAGGUGAUGCGGAUGACGCUGUCCACGCUGAACUGGCGCCGGAGGGAGAUGGUGCGAUGGCUCGUGACUUGCGCCACGGAAGUCGGCGUGUGCGCGCUGGUGAGCAUCAUGCAGAGCUGGUACACCCUCUUCACCCCGACGGAGGCCACCAGCCUGGUGGCCACCAGCGUGCUGUCGCCGCCCACGGCGCUGCGCCUCAGCCUGGACUACGGGCAGCGCGAGGAGCUGGCGCAGUGCGCCCGCACGCUGGCGCUGCAGUGCGCCAUGAAGGACCCGCAGAGUUGCGCGCUCUCCGCGCUCACGCUGUGCGAGAAGGACCCCGUCGCCUUCGAGACCGCCUACCAGAUCGUCCUCGACGCCGCCAGCGCCGGCUCCGUGGGCGGCGGCGGCGGCAUCGGCAUCGGCGUGGGGAUCGGCGGCGGCGCCGGCGGCGGCGGCGGCUCCGGCAUGGGCCACGCGCAGCUCUUUACGGUGGCGCGCUACAUGGAGCACCGCGGGUACCCGCUGCGCGCCUACAAGCUCGCCAGCCUCGCCAUGGCGCAGCUGAGCCUGGCGUACAACCAGGACACGCACCCGGCCAUCAACGACGUGCUGUGGGCCUGCGCGCUCAGCCACUCGCUGGGCAAGCAGGAGCUCGCCGCCAUGAUCCCGCUCGUGGUCAAGGGCGUGCAGUGCGCCACCGUGCUCUCCGACAUCCUGCGCCGCUGCGCCGCCAGCCUCCCGGGCUUGCCCUCGCCGGGAGGCCUCGGCGCCGCCAUGCGGGGGCGGGCAGCGGCCGCGGCGGCCGCCGCGGCAGCCGCGGCCGCCGCUUCGGCCGCGGGGAAGUCCGGGGGCGGCGGGGCGGGCGGGGGCGGCGCUUCGGCGUCGUCGACGGCGGCCGCGGCGGCGUCGGUGGCGGCCGCGGCGGCGGCGGACAAGGGCGGCCCGCUGCGGCAGCUGCUGGACGCGACGCUGGCGGCGUACGUGAGCACGGCGCACUCGCGGCUCACGCACAUCUCGCCGCGCCACUACGGGGAGUUCGUCGAGUUCCUGGGCAAGGCGCGGGAGGCGUUCCUGCUGGCGCCCGACGGCCACGCGCAGUUUGCGCAGUUCCUCGACGGCCUCAAACAGACGUACAAGGGCAAGAAGAAGCUCAUGCUGCUGGUGCGCGAGCGCUUCGGCUGACGCCGGCGUUUGGCGUCGAUUGGCGGCGAUCGGCGGCAGCCGGGUUCCUUCCUUGACCCCUCGGCCCCCCCCCUCUGCCGUGUCGGAGCGGCCGGGGGGCGACGUCCGUGCUGCGAGGAGGAGGGCGAUGAUCGUGCGUGUGGGACGACCUGAAGACUCACUGUUUACAUGUACAGAUCAAUGAUGACGCACCGGCGAAGGUGUUUGGCGGAGCAACUCUGAAGCCUAUACAUAUAUAUAAAUGUUAUAUAUACCCCCACACGUAGCUUGCACGCUCCGGUAAAGUAUUUUUUACUUUUCGUUCAUGUUUUUUGUUGUUGUUGGUUGCCGUUCUCUCCCGGGACACGGCGAAACAAACUCGACGGCGUCAACGCUGACGUCGACGCCACCGUCGCCGUAACGACGGUCCACCGCCGUUACCUCUUCUUGGUUUUUGUGUUUCCGCCGUCGCGUUUUGUCCACGUUAUUUUUGUUCUUCCUUCCUCCCCUCUGGCACUGGAAUCACGUGCCGACACGGGGGGCCCAGGCGACAUUCCUGAUUUCCGAGCGCAAGUCCGGACCCCUCCGAUGAUGACGACGGCCACGACGGCAGCGGUGGGCGCCGAUCACCGUACCGCGCUCGCUCGUUUGGCUCGCCCGCCCGCCUGCUCAACGUGCGCGAGGAUUUGGAGCAAACGGUGCGGCCCUAACCGGACCAGGCCUCUUGGCGUAUAAAUCGCGAGGCAGCGGAAUCGUUUUGAAAAAAAAAAAGCGUGACGAAACGAACGUACGAACUCAAAAAACGAAACCCCGCCUCCCCCCACCCGUCCUCCUACCUGCAUAGGAUGCAAACCUUAACCACGCUGCUUUGUUUACAAGUGCAGGUGUGUGUCGUGACUUCACAGCGGAUUGUUAACCGUCCGUCGCUCUCCUUACGCUCCGGUUCAAAAUCGCGACGUCGCACACCACUGAGAGAGAGAGAAGCACCGCGGGAACACGAGAGAGAGAGCGGCGCGCGCGUGGCUACCGCCGCUCCACAGUCGUGGCGGUACCGCACCACGACAACGACGAUGACGAUGGUGGUGACGCGGCGUUACCCCACCGCGAUGACGUGCGGCGAUGACGCCGAUGAUGGUGGCAAGGCGCCGAGCGUAGAUCAUAGGAAACACUACUAGGCGAUCCAUUUCUAGACACCCCGCUGAUUUCCUUUUCAUGGAACCCCCCCCCCCCUGACUUUAUUUGCGACGGAUAUCAUGGAAGCGAGAUGGUUCCGCAUCAUUGGGGGGAGGGCGGGCGAGCGUCGGGAGAUUUCUGGCAAGCGGAUAUUGAGGUUCGGUGGGAGACGCGUCGAGCCCUUCGAGCGAGGGUGACGGUUUACCCGUUCGGCGUCUCCCGAUUUGCGUCGGCGGGGUAGCUGUAAAUGGAUCGCUCCGCGUGAAUGAUUCGGGCGCGGUAACGGUCCGCGGAAACACAGUAUUUGAAUGAUGUUGAUGAACGCGACGACGACGACGAUGACGACAAUAAUGAUGACGACCCUCGGCCGGUGACUCCGACGGACGGUGACUCAAACCGCAAAGAUAAUUCUGAUCUUUUCGAAAUCUCAGAGGACUGUGGAGUUGAAACUCCGUCGCUCGGUAGCGCUCGCCACUCUACUUCCACUUCGCCCGGAGUCGCUCGGCCCCGUCGCUUUUUGGAGGUCGCGAGUUCAAUCACCCCCUACCCUCCCCCAACUCGGCCCAUCAUGACUCGCUUGGGUCAAUGAAAUAAAGAACCGCCCUGUGCGGGAAGUCGACAGCGAUUGGUUUUUGGAUAUACGGGCCCCCGGCCAUGGGAAUGUGGAAUUUCCAGCGUUGAUUUUCCCUCCCCUCUCCCGGGGAGGCCGCCGCCAAAGACGAAAACGACGCUUUUGACCUUUCACCUUUUCACGCGGGCACUGGGCUCUGCUCGAGAGGGAGUGAGAAUCGUUCCGCCAAAUUCUGACCACGACCCCCACCCCUCCCCCUCCCACCCGACUCCGCAGAGAGGACCAAGCCGAUGGUCGCUCGGCCUUUCGUCCGUGCCGUCAUCUUCAUUACGUUCUACUCGUCUCCUUCGCCGCUGCUUUUCAUAAUUUAUCGUUCUUAUCGUCGUCACGCACCACGAUUGUUGCUGCUGCUGCUGCUGCUGCCACCACGAGCAUCUCUCUCAACUCUCCGCGGGUGUCACACGUUGCUCCUCCCUUCGCUGUGUACGUCCCGAACCCCGUUUCAUCGUUUCCUUACUUUCUUUACCACCGCAUCGUUCCUCUUCGUCUGCCUUCGUAGAUACUUUCGCGAUUAUCGUUAACAAGUUUUUCUUUUGUGCGUUGCGCGUUCGGCUCUUUCAAAACCGACCGCCGGCGUUCGCGUGCCUGUCCAACGCUUCACCCUCGUCGUUUAAACUUCGUCCACCUCGAUCUGCCUCCCCCCCCCCCCCCCCCCACCUCGUCAUUCCUCCUGUCCGCCUCCGCGUCUUCUCACUUGUCGUUUUGUGAACUUCCGCGCGCGAACACGCUUUAUGCCCCCCCCACCUCAGCCCGCAGCACUGGGACUCGCGAAGAUACAAGGGGGAUCUCCCAUGGUCUCCUCCGCAGAAGUUCUCUCUGCCUCGUCGCUAUUUUGUCCCGCGACAGAGAAGCGACCUUCGUUUCAUCCGCGCUGCUCCCUCGUUCCGUUCGGCGGUCCAGCGUCCGCAUCGCAAACGCGUCCGGCCGCGAACCUCUCUCGCUCGCCCUCGUUCCUGUUUACCUCCCGGGGCGGGGGGGGGGCAGGGGUGUGGGGGGUAGUAGGAGCCCCCCCAGCCCCCCCCCCCUCCCCACCACCACUCACCCUCGUUCGCCGGCACAAGUCUCCGCGGGCGUUGCGUGGCGUUCGCGUCGAAGAUCCCUCUCCACGGGGCACAGCGAGCGAGCGCCAUGGGGUCGUGACCGACGGCGCGGUCGAUUGAUCGACUUUAUAACACAAACCAAAAUGUGCGUGCGUCAGCGGCGACGGUGAUGAUGAUGAUUAUGACGACGAUGACGACGAUGAUGAUGAUGAUGAUGAUUUAAUAAGCAAAAUACCUCCUGUUAACAUUAUAGAAGGCUUUAAAAAGAAAAGAGAAUGAUUCCUAUCUCCAUUUGCCUGACUUGAAGCUUACAGCAGCAAUGCGUAACAAACAAAAGUAAGAUAUGUUACCUCCCGGAGAGAUGGCGUACGACGGUGAUGCGUGUGCCACGGCGCCGGACAACAACAACAACAUAUAUAGAGAAAAAAACUAAAAAAAACCCCAGAAAUAUCGGUCACACGCGCAAAGUUGUAAUCUUUGAACGGUGAUUAACGCAAAAAAGAAAACGGCGAAAAACUAACAAAAAAAAAAACACGAAAAAAACUGUCGGAAAAAAAAAUACAAAAAACACUCACAAAAAUGUAAUCUUCAAAUCUAAACGACAACGCACGCGACACCACGAACCGUUAUAACACACCAAGUAGGGCGGUCAUUGAGAAUGUACACUCUCAGGGAAAACCAGUGUGCAUAAUGUGCAUUACCAUAUACUGUAUAUAUAUAACCCUAGGAAGCUGAUACACGUAAAAAAAAAACAAUUAAAGGUUUGAAGUAAUUAAUGUAAAAAGUAUAUUAAUUUAUAAUAAAGAGAAUAACAUACUUGAAUCUGUUGGGGGCUGGGCACAUGGCACAUAUCAGAAUGACUACAGUUCUGUCGGGUUUCUGGGUGGGGGUGGGGGGCACUGUUAGGGUUAGCAGGAUUUUAGGAUUUAAUUUGGGGGUUGGGGGGGCGUCUCCUAAUUGGGGUUCAGUUUAUCGAGAGGGGGGCAAGGCGGGGUUGGUGGGGGGUCGGUUGUGGGGUGUGGCCGACUUGUUCAAUUAUCUCUGUGCCCCCCCUCUCCCUCCUCUGCCCCCCCCCCCAUUCUCUACCCCCCCCCCCUCUCCUUGUCUUGUCGAAUACGGCAGUAGAAGCAAGUCAGCCAAUUAUUAAAAAGCCAGAAGAUGUAACUAUGCAGAAUAAUUAUGAUUGGCUGCCAUGGGGGGGCGGGGGGCUUUAGGAACGUUGAGCCGGUUAUGUGCGCGGCAAUUGGGGGGGGGGGGCACGGUGGUGCCGGAGACGUCGUGGGCACGUCCGUAGGAACGUCGUGGGGACGUCGUGGGGACGUCGUGGGCACGUCGUGGGCACGCUGCGAGCGUGUCAACUUGUAUUUAUGAUCGGCCCGCUUCCGAGAGAAAGGCGGCGGGACCUGUAAAUUAGAAUUGUGACUUUAAAAAAAUGAAAUGAAAUGAUAAUGAUGGUAACACAUGGGAUUAUGACGAAGGACACGAAAAAAAAACCACCGUGAGAAAAUAAUGAAAGUAAUUAUCAUGAUUACGUCCUGUGUCUCUCGUCGUCGCAGGUUGGAGAUUUCUCCGCGUCUUUGUUUCCCCCCCCACCACCCCCCUCUACGUCUUUUGUUUAAAUUGUGUUCCUCAGUGUGUUUGUUUGUAAUCGCGUGGCAUCUUGUAUCCAGGUGUGUGUGGGGGACGUUGAUCGCACAGACUGUUACACAGCCUCUACAGUACAGUAUUGUCCUUCGUAAAAAAAAACGGAACCGAGACCCUGGGGGUAGUUGGGUACUCGACUCCGACUCCUCGGACACGAAAGUCUGUCCCGCAUCGCGACGCCAAGCCCCAGCCACACGCCUCGCUCACGGUGAUUGUUGUGAUGAUGAUGAUAUUAUAACGUUUAAUUUUCAUUUCCUCGUUCCAAAUAAUAAUCUGACAACCUCAAUGCCGCGGCCGGUUUUAUACGUCGGGAGUGAUUUUAUUUUUCACGAUCGUUUGCGGUGGGGGGGGGGGGGCGGCGGCGGGGCUGAAAUUUAUUUUUAUUUUUUGCGUGUGAAGAUAUUAAGCAGACGAAGUUGACUAUAAGUAAAUAAGAGAACGCAAGAGACGCGUCGUGCGAGUUACGCGUUUGACGCCUUCGACCUCUGGAUUUAUUUUCGUGGCAAAGCUCGCUCGCCCCCCCCCCCCUGCCAGCCACAACCACCACCACCAACCCCACGUCUGCAUUGCGUUUCAAGACGAGCCUCCGUAGGCAGCGUCUGUCGAUUCCGUUUCUGUGAUUUUUGUGAAAACCGCAGUGGUUCCACUCCAGAAUCCACGUGGAACCCCCUUCCCCCCCCCACUGCCCAUGCCCCUCUCUCAGCCUGAACAACACCGUCUGAUGAGGCGCGCUGGAGAACAACGUUUGCGCCAUCGGUGCUCGGCCAAUCACCAUCCAGGACGAGAAGAGUAAGGAGACCCCAGCUGUGCUGCUGAACUCACGAAGGGGCUAAACCACGACCUUUGACCCCCCCCCCCCCCCCCCCCCAGUGAUCCAUCAGCAGUUUUCGUUAAGUGCGGUUUGUUAUUUUAUUUUCCUUCCCGCAGCUGGACAUCACUUGAUUGUUUUAUUUUUAUUUAUUUAGUCGUGGGGUAGUUUUUUUUUUUUACAAUGCUGUAUCGUUCCUUCGCCGCCCCCCCCCCCAUUCCUUUCCCCCCUACGCGUUGCAGAUUGCACAGAGGCUGCUUUGUGGGCAGCUCCUCUUAUAACAUUCGGUUCUGGUUGUCAGAUUUCAAAAUAGGAAAGUGGGAAUGGGGGGCACC